AUGUUCAAGCUGCUAUCAUCGGAAACAGCAGCGUGGGAAGACGUCCUUUCUGUUCCGCUUUGCAGACGACUCCUUCACUUCAGCCUUCGUCAGCACGGUGGCAUCGACUCAAAUGAAGACCAUCUACAGAACGACAAGAGGGAUGCAGCCGACCAAAACUUUGACUACAUGUUCAAGCUGCUGCAUCGGAAACAGCAGCGUGGGAAGACGUCCUUUCUGUUCCGCUUUGCAGACGACUCCUUCACUUCAGCCUUCGUCAGCACGGUGGGCAUCGACUUCAAAGUGAAGACCAUCUACAGGAACGACAAGAGGGUCAAACUUCAGAUCUGGGACACAGCAGGGCAGGAACGUUACCGGACCAUCACCACGGCUUACUACAGAGGAGCCAUGGGAUUCCUGCUCAUGUAUGACAUCACCAGCCAGGAGUCUUUCUGUGCGGUACAGGACUGGGCAACCCAGAUCAAGACGUACUCGUGGGGCAACGCUCAAGUAGCGCUGGUAGGCAAUAAACUGGACUUGGAAGAAGACAGGCAGGUCCCUGCUGAAGACGGAAAAAGACUGGCUACAGAGCUCGGCUUUCAGUUCUUCGAGGCCAGCGCCAAAGACAACAUCAACGUGAAGCAGGUUUUUGACAAGCUGGUGGACGUCAUCUGCGAGAAGAUGAAUGAAAGCCCCAACGGAGAGGCCGGUCUGUCGGCCAAUCAGAAGAGAACUGACCUGAACGAAACACCCCGCAGCAGCCAGGGGGGGUGCGCGUGCUGAUAGCUGACCACAGAAAGCCGGUUUCAAAGUCACACUCACAUGCAAACACGUAAACAGAUAAUCGAUCAGCUAUCUCUCAUUAUGAAUGUACUUUAACUUAUUUUACUGCGAUAUUGUCAUGGGUGCUUUCUUUAUAAUUUACCUUUUCCUCAGCAUUUCACUGUUAACUGAAUGUGACUGUUGCACUGAGAUGCCAAAGAGCUGCUCUAAGCAGCUGUGCCUUUUUUCCCCAUGAGACCUCUUCUUCAUUGUUUUGUUUUUUAAAUAGUGAAGGUACAGCACCUGUUUAAAGUGAGGUAACUGAAUAAUGACAGCAGCCCACAUCAGCAUGGCAGUGUGAUUAACUUGAGUCAUGCUACCCCCUAGUGGGUGUUUCAUGAAAAUACAUCACUGUGACUCUACUUCACACUGUGUCCUCUUAUUUCCCCCCCAUUAGUCCCUGCAGAGGGAGUACAAAGUCAGACAUACCUGAAAGGUGCUGUGUCAUUCGAGGUCGACGCGCUAAGUCCAAUAUUAUUAUCAUAGCUCCAGAGGGAUAUUCUCAUUUGCUUUUUAUUUAUAUUGUUUGUUGUUUUAUUUCUAUUGUAAAUGCAAGUUCAACUUUUCCCUCAACAGAUUUAUUUUGUCGCUCAAAAUGUCAAAAGAUUAAAAGAUGUCAAACCAUAAA